ACUCUCAGGUGCAAGCGAGAUAUGGCGCUUUUCCUCCAACGCAAUUGGCUACAAAUUAUUGAAGCACCUCCGACCUUUAUCACGCUAUGAGAGCACGAUCCCCUUUAGAACUCGGCUAUUUAGCUGUGGUGACCUGCUCGUCAUGAACGUUUUGAUUCUCUUUCCGCCAGCCUUGUUUCAACUGCCCGACAACUCGUUGCUAUGUCCGGCCUCGAGGUCGCGAGCGCCGUAGCGGGAUUUAUCUCGCUAGGGAUUGAGUCCUGCAAGCUCCUCAUAGAAUUCUACUCUUCGUGGUCUUCCUUCCGCGAGGACAUGAAGGACCUCGUGAACGAUUUGAAACACUUCGAGCGCGUGCAGGCACUUUUCCGUACCAUAUGCGAGGACGGCACGUUCCAAGGCGAUCUCUCGGUCGACGUGGAAGAGGAGAUCAAGCUCUUUGGAGAGGCGAUAAAGAAACUGCAACAGAAGCUUGAUAAGAUCAAAGCGUCGGAUGUUCCCAAAACAGCUCUGGAGAAGGCAAUGUGGCGUGGGAGAAGACUACGGUACCCGUUCCUGGAGAGUACGAUCCAGAAGUUGCGUGAGACUGUGGAGCGCGCGGUUGACCACUUUCGCGAGUACAUUGCCAUCUCAACUCAGCGAUACUCGUCCUCUGCCAAUCAGUCAUUAAUCGAUGUACUCAAGGCCCUCAAUGAGUCCCAAUUAGACUUAAAGUUUGAGAAAGUAUUCGCAGCAAUACCUGCACCACUAGAUCAAAAGAAGCUUCGUGCAUGCCGCGAGAGUCGAACAGCUGGAACUGGCCAAUGGAUUUUGCAAAGUGAAUCCUAUGAAUCAUGGAAAGAUGGUGCCAUUGACAAAGUUUGGCUCUCCGGAUUGCCUGGCUGCGGCAAAUCAGUUCUCUGCUCCGUGAUUAUCGAUGACCUUGAAAGCUCGCUUCCUGAUGCUGAGCAUAUCGUAAUAUAUCACUUCUUUGACUAUACGGACCCAGCAACUGGCCGACUAAUGUCCCUUAUUACCGCCAUCCUCCACCGGAUUUGCUGCCGACUAGGCAAAAAAUCGACCACGACAAUCCUAGAUAAUCUGCUUCAAAAGCUGGAACGAAACUACUGGCAAUAUCAGCCGACCACGGAAGACCUCGAAGAUGCUGCUGAAGUUGCGUUCCGAAUGGCAUCGGCCUAUCAUCUACACCUAGUUGUCGAUGGCCUCGAUGAGUGCGAAGAACUGAAUGCGGUGCUGGAGUGGCUUACGAACUCAUGGGAGAUCGAUGGGAAAGUAAUGUGGUUUUUGACGAGCCGCCCAGAUCCCGUCAUCGAAUCGUCAAUGAAACCCUGUGCUCGUAUUUUGGCCGCCGACCUUACCGGUAUCUCGCACGAUCUCCGGCUCUUUCUCCAGCAACAGAUGGGAGCCGAGCCUAUGUUGAAGGAUGUUAGCUUCGGUUCGAAGUCAAAAAUUGAAGAAACGGUUCUUCUGCGGUCCGAUGGAGUCCUUUUCCGCUACGCUUCGUGUGCACUUCAAAGACUCAAGGACUGUUUCGACGAAGACGAGAUCGAAGAAGAACUCGAUUCUCUGCCCCGCGGAAUCAAUGGGAUAUACGAUGAUGCCCUUUCUCAGAUCACCGAAAAACACCAGAUCAAGGCGGCUACACUUUUGAAAUGGUUACUUGUCUCUAUGAGACCGCUCCGCAUGGAAGAAGUGGUAGACUGCCUUCUCGUCGAUGAACGAGAUGGAAGACUGGUUGUCAACUCCAGGAAGCGCACCAGCCACGCUGCCCUCUUCCGGCUAUGCCCGCUGCUCAUUAGCACCUAUGAUACGUUCUUCUGGGAUCCCAAGGACGAGACCCAGUUCCGAACAACCGUAUUUCACUUGGCUCACGCAUCAGUCAAGGAAUACCUGUUCCGCGACUGGCUCACAGUUCCCUCGACGCCCCUUUUUCGCACGACCGAGGCCGCGUGCCAAGACCUCGUCGCCGAGACUCGUGCACUAUUUCUUCUUGAGCAGGCUAAGCCGAGAAGUGAACGUCGGUUGCGGCCAAAGAACUUCCAGCUUUUGACCUUAAAUCUCGCCCCCAUUGGCGACAGCUCACGGUACACAGGCAAAGCUGAGGCUCGGGUGGAUCUCGUAUCUGAGGAUGUCUACGACACAUUCCCUAUUCUUGCAUAUGCAGCAAAAUAUUGGCCUCUUCAUGUUCAGAAAUGUUCAGAAUGCAUCCAGGCUCGCGAUGAGAUGCCACUGGAGCUACCUUCCGUGAUGGAGCUGCUGACGUCGGAAGAGUUGAUGACCAAUUCAUGGGAACUGUACCAUCAGAGGACUCCCGAGUAUUCGAUCUACAAUUGGCGCCGGAACCAGCACCUCAAGAGUGAACAACAAGGAUCAGGACAUGUUUCCAGCUUCAAAACACGUAAGGAAGAAUGCGUCCGCGACCUUCCGAGCAAUGUCGUUGUCGAUGUUCCGUCACUCUAUGCUGCGGUGUUCUUUCGUCUGCGCCCCGUCGUUCGGUGGCUACUAGAUAAAGGUCUAGUCUACGAUGGCUCACGACGACGACUUCCAUCGGCUCUACAACUCGCGAUCAUCAGAGGCUUUCCCGAAAUUGCAAAGGAUCUGGUGGAGGCUGGCUCUGACGUUAAUGAAAAGAUCGGGGCCGGAUACAAUCAUUCAUCUCCGAUUCAGGCCGCGAUUGCGUCCGAUGACGCAGAAAUGCUUCGAUAUCUAUGCGCCCGGGUCCCCGGGGGAGAUAUACUCCAAACACUGUCGGGAAACGCCAUGGCCCUGGCGAUCUCGGAGGGUACCGAAAUUGUCGUGGAGUCCAUUCUAAACAUUUUACCUGCCGACUCUGUAGAAAGCUGGGUGCACGAUGCAAUAGAGCUUUCGCUGUGUCGGACCGGUACGAAGGACAAGACCAUCAAAGUUCUGCUGGAUAAGGCCGAAGCACUCUAUACCAAGAGCGAUGCGAAGGGCAUUAUAUCACCCUCCGCUGUUAUGUUUGCUGCACGAAGACCAUCCAUUCUGGAGAGGUGCCCGCCCAUGUCUCCUGUACUGGACGAUGUCUCUCUAAACACUGCCCUAUUGGGACUCGGGACCAGCUUUUUCUUCGGGGAGCAGCUGUUUAGGCUCACUCGAGGUAUACUACAGAAAGCCCGUCCCGGAAAUUUCAUCUGGUCAGCAACUAUCGGACAGUUUGUUCUAUUGCGUCAGCCAAAAUCUCUAUUCCUCCUUCUAGCUAGAACAGACCUACCAGAGCCCGAAUUAGAGAUAUUCGCAGAUAAAGCCUGGGGAUCCGGACUGCAAUUCCCAGGUCUUAUUGGCUUCGAUUACAACACGCCCCGGAUCACAAAGCUCCUCGUCGACUCCAUCCAUGCUGUUCCAACUGACCGCACUCUGGACUGUUACCUUGCAGAUUGGAUGAUCGCUCGACAUGCCGGGACUAAGCCUCCGAUUUUGGUCCUGGACCCGCCGAUCGCGAUACAUUGGUCUGCGUUCAACGAAUGGAACCAUGACCCCGGUACCCCAGAGAAUAACCUACAGCCAUGGGGUGAAAUUAUCAUUUCAGUCGAGCAAUUGAAGGGCCGAUCCGAUGAUGGAAUGCUUAAUGUAACGGUAAAAUCGCUUGAAGAGGUGGAGAGGGAAAGCACAGUGGAACUUCUCAACAACCGAGAGACUCGGUCAGUUGCCUCUUCGGGCAGUUAUCUCUUUCCUUGGUACGGGGGCAUUCCUGCUUCAUGCAAUUCACUAGAGGGUGCCUUGUACAAGGGACCCUGGGAGGCUCCUUAGUUCUCGCGUGAAUUCAAGGUGGAGUUGGUACGGUCCAUACAGCAUGGGAUGGGUGUGUUGUCAAAACAACAUGCAUACGUCGGAGUAUUUCCUUUUGGUUCGCCUCAAACUUAUCAACUGUCAUCCCAUACAUCAAGGCGAUAACACCGCGCGACGGUAUAUCAG